GUACGUUCCCUUCUGAUCCCUCUCUUAAGGCCUAAACAGCAGCUGGGGAGAUUAGAGAGUUGAGGACACCGACACACGGCGACUCUCCCUCACAGCAACACGGCCUGCCAGGAUAGAUCUGGUUCAGAUUGGAGUGGGCUCUCAUCAGAAGCACCCUUUGACUGGAUCCAGUAUGUUCAAAAACCUUCACCCGGCAAGGAUCACCUCGUCUGGACUCUGAACUUCCAGUGAACCCUUAUGUCCGUGGAUCUCCAGCAACCUCACGGUGGACAUUGUCUUUUGUUGGGACCUCUAUCCCCACACGGCUUCUUCAUUUCAGGGUCCAGACUGAAUUACAUGCAACUCAAGAAGUGGUCUUUCUAGUAGUAGUUUAAACUUAUAGUGACUGGUCUGUACUAAUCACGCUUUGGCCAUGAGUUGUUUCGGGUACCGUCGAGAGCUGAGUAAGUACGAAGAUGUCGACGAGGACGAGCUUUUGGCUUCCCUCAGCCCUGAAGAGCUGGCUGAGUUGGAAAAGGAGCUGGCAGACAUUGAUCCUGACGCCAACGUGCCCAUAGGACUCAGACAGAGAGACCAGACAGACAAGACCCCGACAGGCACCUUCAGCAGAGAGGCCCUCAUGAAGUAUUGGGAAAAUGAGACACGGAGACUGCUGGAGGACGAGAUAGGUGGAGGAAGCCCCAAACUGGAUGAAGAACAAGAGGAGUGUGUGACAGAAGAAAACAGUGGAGCAGAGGAUGAAAAAGAUGUUGAAAAUGAGAAAGAACAGAAAAAGUAUGAAGAACAAAAGGAGAAUGAAGAAGACAAGGAAGAGGAGGAGGAGGAUGAUGAAGAAGAAGAAGAAGAAGCGGAGGAGAGUGAGGAAGAGGAGGAAGCUGAAACAGAGGAGGAGGAAGAUGAGGAGGAGGAGGAACAAGAAAAUCAAUUAAAACCUGAACCCUCAAAGGAUUCUGGGGUGCUGACAUCACAGGCUGACACCCUGAUGCUACUGAAGCCACAAAGGGUGGAGCCUAUGAGACUGACUCCCCCCCCUCCACUUGCUGACCCAAACGUGACCGGAAACCCAACCGUUGUCGACGAAGCUCUCCAACGAGCUCUUAGCAAUGACCCUGAACUUACAGAGGUUAAUCUCAACAACAUUGACGAUAUCUCACAGGAAACUCUCAUCCGAUUUGCUGAAGCACUGAGGUCCAACACACAUGUUCGAGUCUUUAGCCUUGCAAAUACCCGAGCCGACGACCCUGUGGCUCUGGCCAUUGCUAAGAUGCUGAGGGAGAACGCGUCCAUCACCAGUCUGAAUAUAGAGUCUAACUAUGUGACUGGGAAAGGCGUGAUGGCACUGGUUCAAGCACUUCCAGGAAACAACACCCUGACUGAGCUUCGGUUCCACAACCAGAGACACAUGUGUGGAGGACAGGUAGAGAUGGAGAUGGUGAAGAUUCUAAGGGAAAACUGCACCUUGAUCAAGCUGGGCUACCAGUUCAACCUGCCUGGGCCCAGGAUGAGCAUGACGGGGAUCCUCACCAGGAACCAGGACCGUCAGAGACAGAAACGGCUGCAGGAGCAGAAACAGCAGCAGCAGGGCCAACAGGGGGCACCAGAGGGAGCUGUUAACCUCAGAACCACUGCACUGAAAGGAACUCCUCGUUCAUCUCCUUACAGCUCACCCAGAGUCUCUCCUUGGCCCUCACCCAAACUCCCCCGGAGUGACCUGGCUAAAAAACAGACACCUCCUGCUCCACCUCCUCCUCCUCCACCACCUCCUCCUCCCCCACCUCCUCCCCCACCACCUCUACCACAACAGGAGAGGAAGCCCACCAGGAUGAUUGCGGAGGUCAUCAAAGCACACGAGGCGGGCAGCAAGAAGGUGAGAAAGACAAAAGGUAAGAAGGGCAAGAAGGGGAAGGAGAAGGAGUCGGGGAAAGACGAAACAAGUAGCAUCCUGAAGGAGCUCAAGAACGCGCUGAGGCCCAUGUCGGUGGAGAGGAGAGGGGAGGAGGGCAGCAGGCCGUCCACGCCAAUGAGGUCAGCCCACGAUCAGCUGAUGGAGUCCAUCCGCAAAAGCAGCGUCCGCAGCUUGAAACGGGUGGAAGUCCCACAUCAUCUACGAUAAUACAAGCAGAAAUAAAAGAGGUCUAUCCGUUGCCAUGGAAAUUGGGGAGUCUGCAUAAUGAUGAUGAUGGAGUGACCAACAAAGAUGAGAGCACAUGGUGAAAACAUUGUUGGGAUUGCUGAGGGGGCAAAAACUGAAUUCUUACUCAUGAAAAAGAAAUUAUACAGGAAAUUUGCACUGCAACAAUAGCUUUACAUUUUAUGAAUGUUUAAGUUUUUUUAAAAGUAUUUAUGCAUAAUUGAAAAUGGCGUUUGUAUUUUAAUUUUGAAAUGAGUUGACGGAACUGUUUACUGAUACGUUUUCUAAUUCACUGUUUUCUUGUAAAAUUGUAAAUAUGAUCUGUUGUUGGUUGAAUUCUGUGUUGAUUUCUAAAUAUAGCCAUUUGGUGUUUACAAUA